AUGAAUUUAACGUGUAACACGACGUUGGACGAUCUUCGGAUCCUGCCCACAUCCGAGUUGAAGGUCGCCGGCCCGCUGACCUUCCACGAUCUCGCCCUCAUUAUCGCUGGUGCCUCGACCCUGAUUGCUGUCUGCAUGAGCCUGUAUCUUAUUUGGAUGCACGCCCUGCACUACACCAAGCCCAAUGAACAGAGACACAUCAUUCGUAUUCUCUUCAUGGUUCCUGUUUACGCCGCCGCCUCGUUCCUGUCUCUCCGCUUUUACUGGCACGCCAUCUACUUCCAAGUCAUAAGCGACUGCUACGAAGCCUUUGCUAUAUCGUCCUUCUUUGCGCUGCUCUGCUCUUAUGUUCGACCGGAUCUCCACGACCAGAAAAACUACUUCCGCGACCUGCGGGCCAUUAAGGGUUGGGUUGCUCCCAUCAGCUGGUUCCGAAAGUGCUGUGGCGGCCAGCGCGGGCCCUGGCGCACGCCGGCCAGCGGCCUGACCUGGUUUAACAUCAUCUGGAUCGGCAUCUACCAGUACUGCUUUAUUCGCGUCACCAUGACUGUCACCGCGGUCGUCACGCAAUACUUCGGCCGCUACUGUGAGAGCUCCAACAGCCCCGUGUUCAGCCAUGUCUGGAUUCUCGUGAUCGAGUCCCUCGCCGUCACUAUUGCCAUGUACUUUGUCAUUCAGUUCUACGUCCAGAUGCGUGCGCCUCUGGCUGAGCACCAGCCUUUUAAGAAGGUGUUGGCCAUCAAACUCGUCAUUUUCCUGUCUUUCUGGCAGUCGACUGCCAUUUCGCUGGGCACCUCGACCCUCAAGAUCGUGCACGCCAACGCCGUCAUUGCCUACCCCGAUAUUGUCGUCGGUAUCCCGUCGUUGUUGUUGUGCUUUGAGAUGGCCUGCUUUGCUAUCUUCCACAUAUGGGCCUUCCCGUACCGUCCCUACAAGGACGGUGCGCGCCCCACGUUCUACCCCGUGGCUGACCCCGAUGGCUCCGACACAUCUCCCAAGCCCAACGAGCAUUUCCCGCGCAGCGGUGGCUUUAUGGGCCUGCGCGCCAUUUUUGACGCGCUUAACAUCUGGGACGUCAUCAAGGCCUUUGGUCGUGGUAUCCGCUGGCUCUUUGUCGGCGUGCGCCACCGCCGAGAAGAUGUCAGCUACAAGACGCCGCUCAAGUCGUCUGAGAUGGAUCUAGAUGACCUGUCGCCGCAAAAGUUCAACAACCAAGGUGUGAUGAUGGGCGACGGCGUCGACACGGGGUACCACUCAAGUUUUGGCGGUAUGAAGAGUACCGAACAUUUGCCAAUUGCGACACAAUUUCGCCGAAGCCGUUUUGACAUGCUGACAGACGAAGGAGAGAGUGGACCGGGUUUAUCCUCACAAGGAGGUGACAUUGGUAUGGCCGUUACUCAGGGUAGUGGCAGCAACGUCGGCGGCGGCGGCGGCGGCGGUGGGAGUGCCAACGGUCGGCGGCAGGCCAGCGACGAGGCUGCCGGUCUGAUCGCCUACGCACAGCCAAUGUCGUCUACAGCCGUGGGCCACGACCACGACGAUGGCAGUCCCGAGCGUUAUCGUGACCAAGACAACCUGCGCCAUGGCAACGCGGCUGUUCCAAGCCGAGGCGGCGUCUACAAUGACGACGUGUAUGGGGCCGAUGAGUCGAGCACUGCGCAUGGUGGUGGCUACGACAGCCGUGGCCGCGCGCCUGCACCACGGCCUCUUGUGCAGCCAUACCAGCAACCGCAACAACAACACCCGGCAUUACGAGGUGGUGCCGAAUACCCCGAAGAGACACAGUGGGGUGAAGCAAGAUAA